AAGCAAGGCUACGGUCACUAGAUCAAAGCGGUACCCGAACCGCGCGCGCGAAAACCCAUCCAAUUUCCCACAUCCCUCCUGGAAUUUUCCUCCUUCAGCCCUCCAAGCUUGAAGAAUUCUCGUUGAUUUUUUUGCACAGACGUUAUACGCACUUUUUUACCACUGUUGUGUUUGCUGAACAUUUUAGAUAUAUAUAUUAUGUGUUAGGACUUUUCGUUAAGAUGGAGACCUGUGUCCUGAUCCCUCAGGAGUUUAGUUUGUGCGUUAGGAGUCCUGGUCUGGGUACUAACAGGAGGGAGCCUGAGGUGUCCGUAUGGUCGAACACUACUAUACCGCAAGGGUCGCUCUGUUAUCCCUUCCAAGGCACGAUCAGGAUCGAUAAACUGGACGUUUAUGGUACCCUCGAGGAUGAUGAUAUUCGCCAUCGAUUCGGGUGUUACGACGAAAUCUCCGUCACAGGUUCGAUGAAAGUCCGGCACUGCAAUUGGGUCAGAUUCGUGAGGGUGGCCAACGCCUUCAACCCGGGGGUGAAUUUCGUAGCGACGAAAGUUAGGGGAGAACCUGUAUAUGAAGCUGUGAAACCCAUCUCUCCGGACACCGAGCUACUUGUAUAUUAUCUACCUGAAAGGCCUGAAGAACUGUUUUUCGUCAGGAUGAGAGCCUCCCUGUACAGACAGACUAUGGACUCAAUAUUAGAAGACUCACCCCUAGACCUCUCGAUGUCCCUCCUCUCUAGGGCGCUCACGGGGUCCCCUCCCUCCAAUGAGGACGAGAGGAAGUCCGUGUCCGGAGACAGUUCGGCUGCCAGUUCACAGGGCGAUCUCCCGGAGUCCGCCGUACCCACCCCUAGAGCCAGGCCGAGAGAGAGGACGUUGCUGCCUUGCGGAGUGUGCAGCAAGGCUUUCGACAGACCUUCGUUGCUCAAAAGGCAUAUGAGGACACAUACAGGUGAAAAACCACAUGUGUGCAUGGUAUGCGGCAAAGGAUUCAGCACGUCAUCAUCCUUGAACACCCACCGAAGGAUCCACAGUGGGGAAAAGCCCCACCAGUGUCCUGUGUGCAUGAAGAGGUUCACUGCCUCCUCUAAUCUCUACUAUCAUCGAAUGACGCACAUCAAGGAUAAGCCACACAAAUGCAACCUCUGCAGUAAGUCAUUCCCAACACCUGGUGACCUUCGAUCUCAUAUGUACGUCCACUCUGGUUCGUGGCCGUUCAAAUGCCACAUAUGUUCGAGGGGUUUCUCCAAACACACAAACCUCAAGAAUCACCUGUUCCUUCACACUGGCAAACCGAACGGGACGCGCAAGGGCUGAACAAAUUUUACAAAAUUUUUACAAAAGUUGUGAGUGAUUUAAGUUAAGUCUAAUUUAUAUUAUUGUUAUCGAAAAUUUUUCUAUUUAUAUAGAUGAAUAUAUUUUUUGUAAUACGUACUAUGUCAUAUGUAAAAAUUGUAUAUAAAUAAAAAAUCGUGUACC